AUGGCCGACGACGACGGCCCGCUCGUCGGCGUGCUCGCGAUCCAGGGCUCCGUCGAGGAGCACGUGGCCGUGCUCGCGGGCCUCGGCGCGCGCACGCGGGAGAUCCGCACGCCGGACGGCGUCGCGGGCAUCGACGGCCUCGUGCUGCCCGGCGGCGAGUCGACGGCCAUGGGCAUCAUGACCGAGGGCGACGGCCUCUGGGAGACGAUCCGCGCGGCGGUCGACGGCGGGCUCCCCGUAUACGGCACGUGCGCGGGCCUCGUGCUCCUCGCGGACCGGGCCAUCGGCCAGCGCGACGGCGGCCAGCCGCUCAUCGGCGGGCUCGACUGCGACUGCUGCCGCAACUAUUUCGGCGCGCAGGUGUCGUCCUUCGAGGUCCCGCUGGCGGCGACGGGCGGCGCGUCGGCCGAGGACGCGGCGCUCGUCGCCAAGGACUACCCGGCGGUCUUCAUCCGCGCGCCGGCGAUCCUGAAGGUGGGCAAAAAGUGCGAGGCGCUGGCGUCCGUGACCGUCGCGCCGCACGCGUCCGCCGCGCCCGCGGCGAAGAAGCAGGCCGCGGCCGAGGCGGCCAUCCCGGAGCGCGAGGUCGUCGUCGCGGCGCGCCAGGGCAACAUCCUCGUCACCGCCUUCCACCCGGAGCUCACGGACGACACGCGGUGGCACGACCUCUUCCUCGCCAUGGUCAAGAAGCGGACGUCAGGGUGA